CAAGUGAAGCGUCAAAUGGAAAACCAUUCAAUUAUCAAAGCAUUAAAAACGAAAUCAAAGUCACUUAAUUUGAGCUCUAGGAAAAUUACACAUAUUCCAGAAUGUUUUGGGAGGCUGACAUGGAUUGUUGUAUUAAAGUUGAAUAAUAAUUAUCUGUCGAGUCUGCCGUCUGAACUGGUGUGUUUGCAGAAGUUGACCGAGCUCAAUCUGGGAAAUAACGUGCUUGAGGAGACCCCACCUGUGUUAAAACACCUCAGUUGUCUAAAUAAACUUUAUUUAUAUGGAAACAAAAUCAGCCAUUUGCCACCAGAGGUGCUGGAAGGUCUACCAAACCUUGAGCUUCUAAAUUUGAACCACAAUAGAAUCAAGGUCAUUCCUGCAGAAAUAAAGAGGCUGUGUAGUCUAAAAAGCAUCAGUGUCACAGACAAUCAUUUGCAGCAGAUUCCAUCUGAACUGGGCUUGCUGAAGAGUUUGACCGAGAUUAACUUCACUAAUAAUAAACUGACUCAAAUACCACAGCAGUUAUACAGUUUACCACAGCUGAGGAAAUUGUACUUGGCCCGAAACAACCUGACAGAACUACCAGAGGGUGCCCUUGGAUGGAAAAAUGUGAAGAUCUUGGAUGUUGCUGGAAACUGUUUAUCUGUGUUUCCAGUUGGUUUUCAGUUUCUUACAUUGGAGGAACUGUUCUUUGAAGGAAACAGUUUAGUUCCAUUCACACUGAUGGAGUCCAUUCAAGAGAAAGAAGUCUUCUCAUUAAAGGAGCUCUCAGCCAGGCUGAUCCUUCAGCAGAGCACUAAUAAGUUGUCAGUGGUGUCCAGAGCUCUGCCAGCAUACCCAGAGCUGCAGGACAUGCUGUCUCACUGGGGCCAGUGUGCUUUGUGCUCACAGCCCUUCCUCACCACCUGGCUGGAGUGUGUGCAGUUCAUCAACACCAGGAAGCACAUGGGAAUGAAAAGCUCUCAGUCUGUUCCAGUCAGAGUUCUGCUGUGUUCCUACGACUGCUUCAACAGAGAUGACCAUCAGUACUAUGGGCUUGUACGAUUAUAAAUUAAAAAUGCAUCUUAUU